CCCGCGGCCGCUGAUUGGCGGGGGUGCGCGAGGGGCGGGACGGCGCCAUGGAGUCCCGCGGCCGCGCCGCCGACCCGGGCCCGCCGGGCCCCCCCGGGUCCUGCCGCCCGCCGGCUGCGCAGGCAAUGGAUUCUCCCUACGCGAACGGAGCCUACAGCCCGCCGUACCCGCCGCCUGCUCCUCAUUAUGCCGGCAUGCCGCAGCCACGGGGGUACUACUGCUCUGGGACCCCCCGGCCCCCCUACCCCACCGAAUCCCCGGGGAUGUACCGGCCGCCGUCGCCCGCUCCGCCCUGGAGCUACGCCACGCCGGACUGCGCUGCCGAAGGGUCCUCGCUCCGCCGGCCGCAGGUUCCCGGCUACUCCCCACCGCAGACCCCAGGAAUGCCCAUCCCGCAGUAUCCAUACGGAGACAGCGGCACAGGACUCGUGCCGCGGGGACCUCCGCCGCAGCCCAGAGCCCCGGAGGAGACGUGGGCCCCCCACCCCGUCUAUGGGGUGCAGCCGCAUUAUGCGUGGCCGCCUGCUCCGGUGCACGGGAACCCCUUCAUCUCCGAUUCCCACCCGUCCUGGCCCGGCAGCGGAGCUCCUUCUCACCCUCCCACGUGGGACUCAAAGGACGCAGCGUACGACGGCCCUGAGCAAAGCGCAGACCAACACGACUACUACUCGCAUCUCAACCACCAGCACCCUGCGGCCAUGAGCGACCACAAGGCGGGCACCCUGCCUGGCACCCUGCCUGGCACCCUGCCUGGCACCCCUUCCACCCCCCGGGUGCAGUACAGCGCGCAGCCCCAGCUCUACGACAGUGCCUCGCGGAAGCCGUCGGCCGGGAACCGGGAGCCUGGCUCGAAACCUGGUGACCAACCGGCAGCAAAUCCUGCCGCCGUCCAGCCGGAGAUUCAGCGGAUCCUCCGUGUUUGGGGGGAGGCUGAGCAGCUGGAGCAAGAGGUGGAUGAGUUUGUAGGAAAAAAGACAGAUAAAUCCUACCGGCUGCUGGAGGAGAUGUUGACCAAACUGCUGUUGGAGCUGGAUUCCAUCGAGACCGGGGGCCAGGACGGUGUUCGGCAAGCCAGGAAAGAGUCUGUCCACAGAAUUCAGGCCAUACUGGAAAAACUGGAAAGAAAAGGACUGUGAAAGCACAUCAGCCGCAACACAGAGGCUUUUGUUGAGGUUCCAAAGAGUUCUUGUUCUGUAAAACCCCAGCUUUUUCUUCAACGCACUGUUGAGAACAGAAUAGCAAUAAGCCCCGAGUUAAACAAACGAAACAAAACCACCACAAAACCCCCCUGAGCACGGCCCCAGCGGAUAACCUGGCACCAGGCAGACCGAGAGAGGUCCGAGGCAGCAAACGCAAUUGUUUGGUUGUUCCAGGCUUUGGAGGAGCAGCACCACCUGAGGUGCUGACGCUGCAGAGGGCUCCGUGGAGAUCCACGUCCUCUUCCAUCAGCAGGAAAAUCGCCGUACGAAGGCCCCCAGACCGGGUGCAGUCAGGGUACCUCCCGCAGCCACAGCGGUUUCAGGUGUGGCCACAGGCCCCAAACCAGGUCUUGGGGCUCGUCGGUCACUGCCUGUGUGUUCAGCUCCAGCUUCCUCGCCAUGAAAAACCCCUGUGUCGCCGUGUCCGAGCUCUGUGCUGAAGGAGCUGAACGGUGUGCCGGUCCUCUGCCGUGAAGAGCCAGGCCCUGGUGUCCCCCGUGGCCAUGGGAACGCAGCCUGGGAAUCCGGGUUCUGCCGCUGGAAAGGACGAGUACGAGCAGAGGAACGAUCUCAGAGCCGAGUAACCCAGAACAGCAGGAUGCUUGGAAAUGCUUUGGAUAAAAAUCCACGUUUUAAUUGUAAUCGCCUUCCACGCGCCGCAGGUUUUGUAUUCCAGAGGCCGUGCCCGUAGCACCGUGCGGUACCGAGGGAAGGGAGCGGCUCAGCCUUCUGUUAACCUCGUUACAUCACCUUCAGUGAAUCAUAGCUGUGUGUGACAAGAUAAUAAACCUUGACAACUUUGAAAUGUUGGUUUGUAAUUAAGACGUCUCAAAGUCUCUGUUCUUUAAAACAAAGCUGUGGGGAAGGUUUUGCAACCGAGACAAGCCCGUAAGCAAAACACCGGCCAGGCUGUGCCCAUCCUCAGCGGCCGAGGGCAGGGGUAGGGGCAGCACGGUUCCUCUGUGCGUCGCUCUCCCGCUGUUCCAAGAGUGGUACCACAUCCAGGCAACACUCUCACCGCAUUUGUGCUCCCAAGGGAGUUACCAAAGAGCUCAUUUUCCCCUGUUACCACAUCUCUGGUUUCAUCUGGUUGGUGUGGCUGUCGGAAUAAAGGCCUGGAUCUCCUCGGCGCAGGAUCUAGCCAAGGUCUGAAAGUCGUUGUUGCAAAAGCCGGUGUGUGCCGGCAGCCUUUGGCAGGGAAAAUGAAAUCGCUCCGGUCAUCAGUCAGUGCACGAUGACUCCUGCAGCACCGAGAGCCGCUGCAGCUCACGGCAGGGCAGGCUUCACCCAAUCAACCCCUUUAUAAACCCACACCAAGAACGGGCAGCGCCGCGGGCAGGCGUUGACCCUGACACCCCCAAGCGAGCAGAACAUCGGGGCCCAUCGUACUCUUUGUGCCGCUGGAGCGAGGCGGCAGCAAACAGGCAGGGAAGCAGCAGCCCUGCUGCCUUUUGUGGCCGUGCGGUUACCAGCACGAGCGCUGCAGCGCGUCCCGGCUUCCAGGUAGGUGUAAAAGCCACCAGGUUCAUCUGGAAUCCGCGAGCUGGAUGAAGCUUUCUUUUCUGUAUUUGUUUCAGCGGCAAGAAUUGCAUCAGGAACACCACAAUUGCAUUGUUUACUGCGUCCUGUUUGCUCCGGCACUCGCCUCCCACUCCUGCCAAGGGGAGGAGGUACAGAAGCUGGAGCUGAGCAGGGAGUGUGGAGCCAUCCGGAGCGUUUGCAGCCUCAGGACUGCGGUGCAGCCGCUGGGAGGGCAGAGAGCACCGUGCCCACGGCACCGGGACAAAGGUUUCCUGCUGGGGAGAUGCAGGAGUGAUUCCUUUAUCUGUUCCUAAUGAAAACUGUGUGGCAUAGGAGGCAAAGCCUGGGAGGACGGACAGAGGUGGGAUCCUUCCUUGGUGUUUUGGGGAUGAACCUAUGGAGGUAACAAACUCCUGCAUCGUGUUUCCUCUUCUGGAGUCCGAGCCCUCGCGCGUGGGGAGGACUCGGCAGAGGCUGUGUGAACCUCUCUUUAAAAGCACAUGGAAAACCAGUAAAAAGCGGGAUGAAAUGGCAGGUCACCAUCUCGGUGGAGCCGGUUGUCUGACGGCUUGGUGAGAAGACGUGGCUGCGGCUGCUGCUUUUGCGUCCCUCAGGCACGGGUGUGUUUUCUGUGUCCCCCCCAAAGUUGUGCUGAAGGGCAAACAGGGAGGAGAGCAAACCUUCCAGCGCAGCCUGCAGGAAACACCCGCUGACACAACCGCCUCCCGUCUCCUUCAGAACGGGACCAAAGUGGGUCAGGGCUGGGAUGGAGAUCUGCGAGGAGAGCGGUGCUGCAGGCGGUGCGGGCAGGAGCUGUGUCAGCACCGAGCUGGCGCGGAUCCUUGCUCAGGGACAAGGUUUGCAGCUGCAAAUCUGAGGUUUUUAACGCUUCUGGCCUUCAAUCUUCCCAUCCAGUAACCGCGGUGGCGGUGAAACACACUGGGAUGACAAUUGCUGGCAACCGGUUUACCUUACAGCAUCCGCCUGCAGCGCAAAACCCCAAAUUAGAAAGCCCGUCUGUAUUUAUCGCAAGGUUCAUCUCUACAGAAACCAAACCCUCAUUCCAGGGUUGCCUCUCGCGCGGCAUCCACCACGCGAGAGGGUUUCUCAAUCUCCACCGAGGCGAGAGGGGAACGGAAAGGAUUGCAAAACAAACGUUAAAUCAGUGUCUCGUGGUUCCUGCUGCAGAGCGCCCUGCAAACACACGUGGGAGGCAAACGGCACGAAGGCGCGUGCGAUGCCACACCAACACCAAACAGGGGCCGUGGGGAGGGGGUUUGGGUACCAAAUAGGGG